GGUGCAAUGACACUGGCUUACAGCGUUAGCAAUCUUCCAAUCUUUUGGUGACUGUCAACAGACGUGCUCUUUUCAAUCAUUCGACCUCAUUUUUUAAAAGACUUUUCACCUUUAGUAAACAUUUCACCUUUCUUAUUCUCCAGACUAGGAGGGCACCUGUUGGGACAACAAAGGGGUGGAGCUGACAAGGGGUUGGUGUUGAUGACCUCAACUUCAAGCACAGACCGACUCUAAGACCGAAACCCUUACCUGGAAAAGCACAGAACGGCAAACAGUUUUACCUGGGCACACUUGUCUCCUGACGUGCCAACAUGUCUGUGGAAAGGGCUGCCGUUUUGCGUGCUGUGGUUUUGUUGUUGGUUUUCUUGGGGCCUGGAAGUGUCCAUGGCUGGACGACACAGGGUUAUACCACACGUCGUCCCGCCACUACGGACAGCAACUAUGGCUGGACGACACAGUCGGCUAAUACACGCCGUCAGUGGGAUACCACACGCCGCCAGUGGGAUACUACUAGUACACGCCGUCCGUGGGAUACUACUACUACACGCCAUCCGUGGGAUACUACUAGUACACGCCGUCAGUGGGACACCACACGCUCUCCGCGGGAUACUACUACUAGUACACGCCGUCAGUGGGACACCACACGCUCUCCGCGGGAUACUACUACUAGUACACGCCGUCAGUGGGAUACUACACGCCGUCAGUGGGACACCACACGCCGUCCGUGGGGUACUACUAGUACACGCCGUCAGUGGGAUACCACUCGCCGUCCGUGGGAUACUGCUAGUACACGCCGUCCGUGGGAUACUACUAGUACACGCCGUCAGUGGGAUACUAGUGUUACCGCCGGAGCGGCAACUCAUGCUGCGGUCACCGAGUGGAACACACAAGCUGGUCAACAGCAGUGGAGCACACAGGCUGACUACACCACAACUGAUUCCCCUUGUGUCUGUCCGUCUGGUGCCACUGGCAAGCGUCGCAAAAAGAGACAAGUUCAAUACACUACAGUUGCACAGGCAUACCAAACAGAUACACAGGCAUACCAAACGGAUACACAGGCUUACCAAACGGAUACACAGGCAUACCAAACGGAUACACAGGCAUACCAAACGGAUACACAGGCUUACCAAACGGAUACACAGGCAUACCAAACGGAUACACAGGAAUACGAAACGGAUACACAGGCAUACCAAACGGAUACACAGGCAUACCAAACGGAUACACAGGCAUACCAAACGGAUACACAGGCAUACCAAACGGAUACACAGGCAUACCAAACGGAUACACAGGCAUACCAAACGGAUACACAGGCAUACCAAACGGAUACACAGGCUUACCAAACGGAUACACAGGCAUACCAAACGGAUACACAGGAAUACGAAACAACAGAUGCACAGUCAUACGAAACAACAGGUGCACAGGCAUACGGAACAACAGGUGCACAGGCGUACCAAACAACAGGUGCACAGGCAUACGAAACAACAGAUGCACAGUCAUACGAAACAACAGGUGCACAGGCGUACCAAACAACAGACGCACAUGCAUACCCAACAACGGACGCACAUGCAUACCCAACAACAAACGCACAUGCAUACCCAACAGAUGCACAUGGAUACCCCACAACCGACUCGGACGAAUGUGUCUGUGAGGAGACAACGACAGUAACCACAACGGUCUCAACUACCCCACCAGAAGUGGAUGGGUGCAGCGAGACGUACAACCCCUGUGUACAGAACGCCACGUGUACAGACAUUUCCGGUCCCGGAAUCACCGACGCCAACUGCGCAUGCGGGCCUGGACUGGAGGGUGACGGGAGAAGGGACGGGACAGGGUGCAGAGAUAUCGACGGAUGCAAAAACAGCGCCAGUUUCUGCGCGUUCUACGCCACCUGUGUGGACAAUCCCGCACCCCAAACGGGGGCGACCUGUCAGUGUGACGAGGGGCAUGACGGGGAUGGGAGGAUCGACGGAACAGGGUGCAUUGUUGUGGACGACAGCCUGUAUCCAUUUGGCCCAUCGCAAAGAGACUUUGAGUACGUGGACAGGACCUGGUACUGGUCCCGCUGCGUUUACCAGUACAUCUCGCCAGAAGGCUUCCCUUUCUUCAACCGAAGGCACCAUCGGCUUUACAUCUGCGACAACGGCGUGAUCCAGUUCGACCGGAGCUACAGGAACAGCUGGCCGACCAAGUUUGGUUCCGCCUGGUACAUGCGUUACCGGUCCAUGAUCGCAGCCUUCUGGGCAUACUCGGACCCUUCUUCCUUCAGUCGUUUUGAAGAGGAGACGCUGAAGUCCCACAUCUACUACCAGGUGUACAAAGAAGGUGAUGGUAAGAACGACACAUCUACCAUCUUGUCCCGUGCCAGUGAAGAUGCCCGGAACACUCCAAAUACCAACGUUCCUUCGGACUUCCAGGCUAACUGGGUCCUGGUUGUGACGUGGAUCCGUCUGCCUCCCUAUGUUGGGUGUCGGUCGUACUACACCAGAUGGUGGUACAGUUACUACUACUGUAACAGAGAUCUCACGGAACUCGAGGUGAACUCCUUCCAAGCCAUCCUCAUCACUGACGGCAUCUACUCGUUUGCGAAGUUUGUUUACCCCAAGAACGGCAUCAAAUGGGUCUAUCCUGAUGUGCAGUGGCACUACUACCGUUAUUACGCCAAUCUGAGGGGCCUUCCUGUAGCCGGGUACGGGGCUGGGGACUCGUACUUCUACAACUACUACUACUAUUACUGGUCGUGGGGCUACCGAGAACAUUUCUACAACGUACCCAAAUCCGGCACACUGAACAUGCGGAGUAUUGAUGAGGUUCCUGGUAACACAGGUGAGACAGGCGUGUCUAUCUACCGUUUGGAGGACUCCGAUGGUUCCAUCCCGCCGACAAUCUACUGCCGCCGCUGGUACCACAGCACAACCCCGGCCUGGUACCACUGGGGGUACUCCCGCCUGACUCCGUGUCCGUGCAGCCGGCAGCAGGCGUGGUGGGAUGACAGAUACUUCUACAUUGGGAACGAUUGCUGGCAAACCCUCUCGAACCGGUUCGGCCUGCGGCAGAAGUGCUGCUACACGCAGUACCGCUGGUACUACAUCCGCCGCUGGUUCUACAGCUGGUGGUCCGGCUGGCAGUACUACUUCUCCUGGUUCCGUACCGGAGGUUUCCUCAUCAGGUACGGCAGCAACGCCGGACACGUCAUCGUGAAUUGGAACGAUGACCUGGUUGCCCAGCGGAAGUGCUGUCAGGAGUCCUACUCUUACUGCCACCUCUUCCGGUACAGACGGCCGACCAACCGCUGCUGGGGGUACAGGCCGCCAUGGAGAAGAUGGUUCUGGGGUGACCCACACAUCAUCACACUGGACGGGAAAGGCUACACAUUCAACGGGCUGGGAGAGUACCUUCUGUUCCACGUGGACGACGGAAACUACACAGCACAGGUGCAGGCCAGGACUAACAAGGCACCAGGAAGUGACAAAGCUACCGUAUUUACUGCUGUCGUCGUCAAUGAGAACGACGGUUUGGGAGUCCAGCUAAACAUCAACAACCAAUCAGAAGCCGGCAUGGAUCUGUACAUCAAUGGGACUUUACAAGACAUACUCGAGUAUGACAACACUACCAGUAACCACACUCUGCUGGAGGACAUGCUGUUCUCAAGACCCACCACCAACUCCUUCAAGAUACAGCUGUCGUCUGGCAUCAGUCUAACCACGACCUCAGAAAAGAACAUGCUGGCCGUGGUCGUGUCGGCCCCCGAUGAGUACAUGAACAGUACCCAGGGUCUACUCGGCUAUUGGGACGGGGAUGAGACUAACGACUUCACCGCCUUUAACGGCAGCGUCUUGGACGUCAACGCCAGCGAGAGUGACAUCUUCAAGUACUUUGGACAGUCUUUCCAGUUGACGGAGGCGGACGGCAGGUUGAAGACGAGGUUCCACUAUCUGGAAGGAGAAAGUCUGGAGACCAUGAGAGACACGUCCUUCUCGCCUCAGUUCACGGACGCCGUCACCUUCGACGACCCGGAGUUAGAAGUGCAAGCCAGAGCACUUUGCGGAGACGACCAGAACUGCCUGUUUGACAUCAGCCAGACAGGAGAUGUGAGUGUCGGAGAGACCACAAAGACACAGUCCGACAAACUGACGGAGGAAAACGCCCAGCUAGCAAACUUUCCACCGGAAGUUGACGGCCCAGACGACAUCAACGCCACCAUGGGGGAGAUCAUCAACAUCCGCAUCAACGCUUCUGACGCCAACGGUGACGACAUCACGUUCGACCUUGAUGAGGGCGUCCCGCUGUUCGUCAGCAUGGCGUCUGAUGAAGACACUGCCAACAUCACGUGGAACGUCACUUCCGGGGAGGAGUUUGAUUUGAAGGUCAUUCUGACCGACUCAAACAACGGCUCCAUCCAGUACUGGCCGACUGUGCGCGUCUGCGCAUGCUACAACGGUGGGACGUGUGUGGAUAGCGAUGAUGAUGAUGAUACAUCAUCUGACAACUCUACUGAAACAAGGUUCGUCCUACAAGCCUGCACCUGUGAGGAAGGGUACACAGGUGUCCAGUGUGAGAGCGACAUCGACGCCUGCGAGGAAAACUCCCAGCCCUGCUACGAAGGUGUCCGUUGUAGGGACUAUCCUGCGCCUGCGAACAUCUCGGGAUACGAGUGCGGACCUUGUCCCACUGGAUUCUCCGGAGAUGGGGAGACUUGCGAGGACAUUAACGAGUGUAACGCCACCGACAGCGGACAGACAUGCGCACAGAUCUGUGUCAACUACCCAGGAUCCUUCACGUGCGACUGCCAUUCCGGCUAUCAGUUAAACGAUGACGGACUGAAUUGCGAUGAUGUAAACGAGUGUGAGCCUGCACAUGACUGUGACCACCAGUGUCAUAACAACAUCGGCUCCUACCACUGCUCCUGUAACAGCGGCUUCGAGCUGAACAAUGACAACAAGACCUGCUCGCCCACCGACCAGUGCACGGCGGAGAAGGAAGCGGUGUGUGACGGUGCGAACGGCGGCUGCUACCGCGAGGGGGGAACGGAAACCUGCUACUGCAACAAAGGUUACACUCUGAACGGGAACGACUGUGAUGACGUAGAUGAGUGCACCAGUGGAGAGAACAGGUGUAACCAGGAAUGUGAGAACACUGCAGGUGGCUACAGCUGCAGCUGUGAGGACGGCUACAGGACAGACGAGUCAGACCCCUACACCUGCCAAGAUAUUGACGAGUGUUUUGAAGAUGACUACAACUGUACGGACACGCAGCUGUGUGUCAACAUUCCAGGCGACUACGCAUGCGCCUGUCUGCCGGGGUUAGUCGAAGUUAACGGCGAUUGUACAGACUUACCUGACGAUGAGAAACCAGUGCCCACGUCUAACAGGGUUCCUACAAAUGAGGAGAAGAGAGGAGUUGUGGUCUUUACUGCUGAGAUGUCCAUCAGUCAAUACACGGUGUCCAGAGACCUGGCAUUCUCCCAGGCCGUCGCUGCCGCCGCCACCAGCCACUGUAGCAGCCACGCUGCCGAGUGUGGUCUGAGGACGGACUCCUCACGUAAAAGGAGGCAGACAGUAGAUGUGGAGUUUACGGAGCUGCACGUUCUGCGUCUCCCAGACUACCCGGUAGAGUUGAGCGGCUCCAGCCUGCAGUUGGCCCUGUACGUCCUGCUGCCGGAGUCUCUCCGGGCUGACAACAUCACCACGGUCAUACCUGGCCAGGAACUCAUCACUAUCAUCGGAAAUUCCCUCCAGGACCUGUCCGCUGCCCUUGGUGGUGCCAGUAUCACAGACCUGUACCUGCUAGUCAUCCCCACCACCACUCUCCCCCUCACCACCGUCAGACCUGCGGCCCCACAGGCAGACAACACCGCAGCCAUCGUGGGCGGGACGCUCGGCGGACUGUGUGUUGUUGCCGUCAUCGUGGCCAUCGUUCUCGUUGUCAAGAAAAAGAAGACGCGUACGAUGAAGGUGUCAGACAGUCAGACGCUGGAGCUGGCUGAACCGGGACCCUCCUCCACCGGCCGGCGGGCGGACGGGGAGGUCCUGCCGCCCAAGAACGAGGAGGUCCUGCCGCCCAAGAAAGAGCCGACGUUUUAGAAUAUAUGUAGACCAUCGAGACUUUGCUGUUUGUAUAAUUUCACUAUUUUCACAAAUUUGCUGUACAUAUCAGUGUGAGGCCAAAAUGGCUACCAAUGAAUUUGGUGUGGUUUUUAUUGCAUUUUAUCUAUCCAGAAAUAGUUGCUAGGAUACGAAUCAGCUCAAUGUUAGAUAAUUCUAUCCAAUCAGUACAGAAGCUUUUUGGGUGGAUUUGUGUCUUUGAUGUGUCUGCGUUCCAUAAUUACCACAUGACCACAUGAUGCCGUGUGUUUUGUAAUAAUCGUAUAGCACUUUUACACAGUACACUUUUUAGUUCUGUGUACUAGUCGUCAAAUGUACUAGCAAUUGCCGAAUCCUGUCUAUAAUUAAAUGAGGCAUUUUGUGAGCAAAAUGAUAAUCCAGAUGGGAUGUAUAUUUGUGUGUAAUAUGAGAUGAUCUGUCAAUUAAUGCAAAUUUGAAUAUUAUACAUAUAUCAUAUACAUAAGAGAUAUAGGACAUAUAGCACUAUACGUGUAAUGCCGUCCACGAUUGUCUGCUGAUGCAGCUCAUAAUGAGAUUUACAUAAACGUUACUUGAAAAUAGAACAGAGCUUUUCCAAACGCUAGAUUUGUUGCUGCAAUUUUAGUAUCCAAUGCAUGCAUGGUUUGUCUUUUAGAUAAGUAUCAUAGUUUUAACUCCAACAUGCAAUUGCAAACCUGUCCACAAUAUACUAACAUUAUCCAGUUACAAAGAACUCAAAGCAUAAUGCACAGUGGAAAUGGUUUUGAAAUAUGUAAAUAUACGUGAUGGCAUGGACACGAUAUGUAUUCAUCACAUGGCUUGGCUCAACUUGCAGCAAUUGUGUGCUUUUGAUUUUUGGAAUCAUCCCCUCUUUUGAAUAAAAACCAAUGAGAUU